UUAAGAAUGUAGUCAAAACAAAGCGUAGACGAGCCGGCUGCACGGAAGUGGUAUGAAAUGAGCCGAUAUAGUUAGAAUAUAUGUAUAUGUAUAUACAUCACGGUUUUAAACAUGCGGUUGGUCUUUUAAUUAUUAAUUAUUAUUUUUUCUAACCAAGCACAUAGUAGUCGCUUGAACUUAUCGAAGAGCUCGUUAGCUCGCUGGCUAGCGUCAGCAACACAAGCGGCCAUGCCUCCCUACUCCGAACUGAAGAAAAGCAACCACUUCUACUACUUCAUCAAGUUCACCCUAAACGUCUAUUCCAUGCUGUUUUCGCUGAUGGGUCUCUGCGUGCUCUGCGUCGGGGUGUAUGCCGAGGUGGAAAGGCAGAAAAAUCGAACUCUGGAGGGUCUCUUCCUGGCUCCUGCUGUGGUGCUAAUCCUGCUGGGCCUGGUAAUGUUCACAGUCUCACUUGUGGGCAUGGUUGGCUCCCUCAGGGACAACAAGACACUGUUGCACAUGUUUCUUUGCGUCCUCUGUGUGUUGCUACUUCUCCAGGCUAUCGCCCUCAUCAUAGCGCUUCUUUUUGAGAAGAAGACAUCGGCCUUGUUUCAAAGCAGCAUACGAGAGGGAAUCAAACACUAUUACGAUGAUCUGGACUUCAAAAACAUCCUGGAUUAUGUGCAAGAAAAGUUUUCAUGCUGUGGAGGGGAUGAAUAUAAGGACUGGGCUGUCAAUCAAUACCAUUUCUGCAACGGCACUGGUCCACUUGCAUGUGGGGUUCCAUAUACCUGCUGCAUCCCCGGUAAGGUGGGAGAGGUCAUUAACACCCUGUGUGGGUCCAAGGCUAUGGCUCUCGAUAAACAGCGUGAAACCCUGCAGGAGGUGAUCCACGUGCGAGGCUGCAUACAUGCAGUCAACCUUUGGAUGACUGACAACAUUGGAAUAACCAUCGCCCUGUGCUGUGCCAUUGGGCUGCCGCAGCUGUUGGGCAUUGUCCUGACCUGUCUCUUCUGGAACCUCCUGGUGGAAAUGAGCCAGUCAGUUGACAUGGUGGACUUCAAGCUGAAAAAGCUGGAGUUCAAGUACAACGAGCUGGACCUGGCUGGUGCCGGCUGCUGUAUGUGCCUGCCAAGAGACGGCGGCUACUUGCCCAUUCCGGUCGCCGAACCCGAUCUGGACCCCAUUGAUGUUCACCUGCAGAAGCUGAAGAAGCAGCCGCCUCGCACUCAUUCUCAGCUCCUCCAUCUCCAACAGUCCAGAUCGACCACCGGGCUGGACGAGGUAGAUGUUGGACGUAAACUGAAAAGGGAACACUAAUUAGUCUUCAUGCGUCAUUUGUAAAAUUUGUAUUUGUUUGAUUUGUGUUGCACUACUUAAGGGUUAAACCUCUGCUGUCGGAUUUAGGGAAGUUGCUCAGCCAAACUGAUCCAAAAGACCUUGUCACUUUUUAAGAAUUCCACCAACAAACGAAGAGCAGGGUUGUUCAAACUUGAUUUUUAUUGACUAUUCUAUACAUGAAAUUACACAUGAAACACGAUGGACGUUUACAUCCACAUUAAUGAGAUCAAACGUUGGACUAUUGCGUGUUUGACACAAUGGAACCCAUUUAAGUCGGUCCCCUUCAAGUCGAUAAGUCCUGGUCCGUCGUCCACUUUUACUACUAAGUGCCCACUUAAGUCGUGGUGGACCACUUUUGACCACUACAUAAAAUGUUGAGAGCUAAAACCAGUAGUUUACAUUAUACAAUUUUUUGACAAACUUUUAUGAGUUACUGAUAUUUUUUAAAUAAAAAUUGUCAGGUUCAAACAUUGAUGACAUCUAUUAAUAAACAAGACAAGAGGCAAAUAAUUAAACAGAGACAGAAUUCAAUUUGGACUCAAUUGAGGAGAGACGCUGGGACACUGUACUCUUGUACAAUCUCCAGCAGGCUCUGGCGAAAGAUUGUACUCCUCCUUCUUUAUUUUACUUUCUCCGACCACAUGACCACAGCUGCUUCCAGAGGGAAGUGGGUCGUAAACAGCGUGGCCUUUGGUUACCACAGUUCAAAAGAAAAGGUCGUAAACAAGUUCAAAAACAGGUUCGUAAAACAGUUCAAAAAGACGUUCGUAAAACAGUUGGAAAAAGGAGGUUAAAAAAGAGGUCGUCUGGAAAUUGGGCAGAUCCUGCCUUCUCUCCGCUUUGAAGUCCUUGGGUUAGAACAAUAUAUUUCUGUUGAUUACCAUACAUGAAAGAAAAACAGAAAACCCUUCAAGUUGCUUUCCCCCUUACACAGUGGAGUUUUACGAACCUUCUUCUUGGUAGGUUUCAACGACAGCUUUUGUCUUCUUGCCAGGAACUCAAUGUAACACAAAGUUUUUGUGAUAACUUAGAAACAAUUAUUCUAACAAAAAUUAUCAAGAAAUACAUUCUUUAAAUAAUUGACUGUGUGUGUCUCUACUUGUCAUUAAGGGUUGAUGGUGAGGCAAGCAGACAAAGCAGGCACACAGCAUGAAAACGUGCACACAGUGACUUCCUGUUCAGUGCAAAAUAAAAAUGACACUUCUACCCUAGAUUCUACCGCUGCAAUUAACAUAAAGUUGUCUUUCUUAGAUUGUUAGCCACCGCAGGAAAGAGUUGGCGUGUUUCCGUAAAACUUAGAAUUGUAGUCAAGAGCGCUGCAAUUUUACACUGAUCAUGCAUCCUUUGCACUAGCAAAUCCAUGCAGCGUAGACAAUGAAAUCCAACCUAAACUUAAAAUAACAUAAUUUAUUUUGUACCAUUUUGCAAUACAACUUGACCGGUGUCAAGAAGUGGUCACAACAAAUAUUAUAUUGAUGAACACUCAAAUCUCCGCUGAGAUGUUUUAAAGAUGAAAAGGAGGUGUUCCAUCAACAAUCACCUUAUUUUACAAAAAGUGGUUACUGUCAGGCCAAAUUAACAUCAGCAAAAUAUUAUCUAGCAAAGCAACGGCAAAAAAAUAAACAAAAUUGUCUCAACAGCCACUGCUCUCGCAUCAACAGGCACACACUAGCUCACCCACUGUUGCCUUCACGGCCUCACAAACAGUUGGACAACUCAACUUAAAAGGGGUUCCAUUGUAUCACAAAAAUAAUCAAAUAUAAUAAUAAGAGGCUCGCUAAUCGCCUGUGUAGCUCGUCAAGUGAAACCCAAACAGUAAUCUAUGUUCCUAGUAAGAGUGAUGGCGCCUUCCGGUUAGGGUUAAACCCUGCUCACUACAAAAGUUGUUAUCUUCAACAGCUUAACGUACAGUAUAAUAAUAUAAUGGAAAUCAAAUGUCCUGCAUCCUAUGUCUGGAAAACCUUGAAAAUAAGCAUCAACUUUUGCUAAUUUAUUUGCUUUUUUUUUUUUUUUGUCUCAUUUGUGAUGUUUGGUUUUCUGGGAUUUUUUUUGGCAUUACAGCCCAUUUAAUUCAAGUUGAGCCUUUGAAAUUGAGCAAUGUCUCAUGUGCUAAAGCUUACCUCAGGCUGUUUUCCAAAUAGCCGUGUAGUCAAGAGGACAUCUUGUGUACAAAAAUUCACUGCAGAGUUUUUCAGUGUGUGGAAAAAUAGGACUAGCCAAGUAUGUCAUGCGUGUGUACAGGUUGUGUUAUACCUUUUUUUUUCAUGAGUUUGAUUUGUGCGGUCUGUGUACUUUGUAAAACUGAUAGUUGUGGAAUAACAAGAAUGCAUGUUUUGUACUGUGUAUGACCAUAAGCGGGUUUAUGAUACUUGGUUUACUUUGGAACAACGGUUCAGGUUUACAGCUUUUUUUCUUUUAACUUCAUGCUUUUUUAUUUUUGUCCAUCUCUCAAAGGGACAACUAAAGGGAAAAAACAGGCUACAACUCUGUUUAAAAGCAGUACUUUGACAGUGUUUUUCCCAGACCACUGUUUUGAGCUUCCCUUCAGCUCCUGCCUUGUACCAACACUACUGCUCAUGGUAAUAAACCUGAAUUUGUCUACUGA